CGACUCACCUCCGAUUUUUCAAGUUUGUACACUUCGGUUCCAAGAAAAAGGGGGGCAAAGAAAAAAGAGAAGAAGAAGAAGAAGUUGAUGGAUUGGGCAGUCAGUCACAAGAUCUGGGAGAAGUGGGCUUCUUCCACCAACAUUGCCUCCACCUCUGCUUCUUCUGGUUCUCCCAUCGUGGCUGCCUUGCUGCUCAACCAUGAUCCCACCGCUCCCUCCCGCCUUCUCUCUGUCAUCGCAGAGCAAGAGGGGACUAAUUUGAAGGCAGUUGAGUUGUAUCCGUUCCUUGAUUUUGUUAAAAGAAACAAUCCACCAACAGAAUACUUUUUUAUUGGAGAAAACCAAUAUCUAGUGACUUCGAUUCAUGAGCAUUGGUUCUGUGCUCGGUGUGUGAACACAUCCAAACCUGCUGGUGAAGGUGCCAUUGUGAUGCAAGCUGGAGCUUUUCUUUUGGUUGCCAUGUAUGAAGGUUCUAUUGGUGCUGCUUCUCAAGCUAUGGUGGCUGUUGAUCAGUUGGCAUGGCAGUUGAACCGAAGAAUCCAUUAGUUGUUGGUAAGG